ACAAAAUAAAACUGUUACAUGGCAGAAGCUCAGAGAACAUCUAAUGUAGGAGAAAACAUCUCUGAAGAAAUCGGGAUGACUGAAACAGCAUCAGGUCCCAGAAUUACAGCAAAGUUUUUAAGAGACCACUGCAAGCAACAAAAGCUGUACAUGACCCCGAGGUUAAAUGACAUACUUUAUCUUCACUACAAAGGUUUUUCAGUAAUUGAGGGUCUGGAGGAAUACACAGGUCUGCGCUGUCUCUAUCUCCAUUGCAACAGGAUCAGGAAGAUUGAGAACCUAAACAAUCAGACAGAACUGCGCUGCCUUUACAUACAUCAGAACUACAUUCAAACACUCGAGAACCUGGAACCACUUGCCACACUUGACACACUCAAUGUGUCUAAGAACUACAUCAGGGUCAUUCAGAACAUCUCCUGUCUGGGAAAACUGUCCACUCUUGAUAUUUCCCAUAAUGCACUGGAGAGUGUAAGUGAUGUGCAGGAGCUGUGUAACUGUCCCUCCAUCAGUGUUCUGGACCUCUCAUAUAACCACCUCAACGACCCAGAGAUUAUCACUGUGCUGGAGAAGAUGCCCAAUCUGAGAGCACUAUACCUUAAUGGUAAUGAGGUCAUCAGUAAAAUACCAAACUACAGAAAGUCUCUAAUUAUUCGUCUGAAGGAGCUAAGAUACCUGGAUGACCGUCCUGUGUCUCUUGAGGAUAGGGCUUGUGCAGAGGCUUGGAAUGUCGGAGGUUUGAAAGCAGAACGUAAAGAAAAGCAAUUAUGGCAAGCAAGAGAAAGAAAGAAGAUUGAGGAGAGUUUGAAUGCUGUGAGACUUAUGGAAAAAAAAGCAAUGGAGCAAAGACAACCUCAGGAGCAACAGGAGGAAAGUGGAAUUUCUGAGCCUGUAGAAUAUCAGAGUGUGUCCAAUGAAGACCUUGAGCGGAGUGAGCUAGAGCAAGACCUUGAGCAAGAGUCUGGGGUAUUGGAGAAGGGGAAGGAGGAGGAGGAGGAGGAAGCUAUCCAGAUCACAGAGGAGAUGCUCCACUCAGACCCUGAGAUAAAGCCGCUUUUGUUGUCAGGUUCAGAUGUUCAGCAGGUGUACCAAUCAGUUUUAGAUAUGAAGGCAGCAUGA